GUAUAAAGCCGCCAUUCACUCUUCUUAUUUUCUUCACCAAUCUCAUUGUUUCCCUCUUUUUUUCCAACCUCUUUUCUCUCUUUAACUACUUAUUACUCACAACUCUCUGUAACUACAGCAUUGUAACAUAUAACUACACAAGGGGAAGAUGAAAUAUGUGUUGGUGAGUGGUGGAGUGGUGAGUGGACUUGGCAAGGGUGUUACUGCUAGCAGUAUUGGCCUCAUUCUUAAAGCCUGUGGUCUUCGUGUUACUUGUAUUAAGAUUGAUCCAUACUUAAAUACUGAUGCUGGAACGAUGUCCCCUUUCGAGCAUGGUGAAGUGUUUGUCUUGGAUGAUGGCGGAGAGGUGGAUUUGGACCUAGGGAACUAUGAGCGGUUUCUAGACAUCAAGUUGACUCGUGAUAACAAUAUCACUACUGGAAAGAUUUACCAGUCUGUCCUUGACAAGGAGAGGAGGGGUGAUUAUCUGGGUAAAACCGUUCAGGUUGUCCCACAUGUCACAGAUGCCAUUCAGGAGUGGAUUGAACGUGUAGCAGCUAUACCCGUUGAUGGAAAAGAUGGGUCGCCUGAUGUUUGUGUUAUAGAACUGGGUGGUACUAUUGGAGACUUCGAGUCGAUGCCGUUUACCGAGGCUCUUAGUCAGUUCUCGGUCCGUGUUGGCGCCAGCAAUUUUUGCUUGAUCCAUGUCAGCCUUGUUCCUGUUUUGAAUGUUGUUGGCGAACAGAAAACAAAGCCAACCCAACACAGUGUGAGAGCAUUGAGAAACCUUGGAUUGACGCCACAUAUACUAGCUUGCCGCAGCACAACGGAACUUGAUGAUAAUGUCAUCGAUAAGCUAUCUCAGUUCUGCAAUGUAGCAGUGGAGAACAUCAUUACGCUCUAUGAUGUUUCCAACAUCUGGCGGGUUCCAUUGCUAUUAAAAGAGCAGAGGGCUCAUGAAGCAAUUCUGAAAGUGCUGAACCUUUCUGGCGUUACCAAUAAAUCUUCACUGGAAGGCUGGACAUCUAGAGCGAAUCUUUGUGAUAGGCUUCACAUUCCAGUUAGAGUUGCUAUGGUUGGCAAGUAUACAGGCCUUUCAGAUUCUUAUCUAUCUGUACUGAAGGCUCUGCUGCAUGCUUCUGUUGCUUGCCACAGAAAACUGACUGUGGAUUGGGUUCCGGCUAGUGACCUCGAAGAUGAAACCAAGAAAGAGAGUCCUAAAGAUUACAAAGCUGCCUGGAACUUGUUGAAGGGUGCUGAUGCUGUACUUGUUCCUGGAGGGUUUGGUGACAGAGGUGUGGAAGGGAAAAUACUGGCGGCAAACUAUGCCCGAGAGAACAAAAUCCCUUAUCUUGGUAUAUGUCUAGGAAUGCAAAUUUCUGUUGUGGAAUUUGCGCGGUCUGUUUUAGGGCUGGAAGAUGCCAACAGUACCGAAUUUGACCCAGAAACUCCAAAUCCUUGUGUUAUAUUUAUGCCAGAGGGUUCAAAGACCCAUAUGGGAGGUACAAUGCGUCUCGGUUCAAGGAGAACAUACUUUCAGGUUAAAGACUGCAAAUCUGCAAAACUAUAUGGCAAUAGGAGCUUUAUUGAUGAGAGGCAUCGACAUAGAUAUGAGGUCAAUCCUGAUAUGGUUCCACAGCUUGAAAAGGCAGGUUUGUUGUUCACCGGCAAAGAUGAAACUGGCCAGCGGAUGGAGAUUAUUGAAUUGCCCACACAUCCAUACUAUGUGGGUGUCCAAUUCCACCCUGAGUUCACAUCAAGGCCUGGAAGACCUUCUGCUCUUUUUGUAGGGCUUAUAGCAGCAGCAUGCGGACAACUAGAUAUUCUCUUAAGGAAGAGCGAGUCAAAAAGUUUUGGUUUUAUCAGUAGGAGUGGUGGCUCAGCAAUAACACCGUACCAAAAUGGGCAUUCCCUAAAGCAUGCGAAUAACUUAAUAGAUGGCAUUUACAGCCAUGGCAACGGGAACGGUCUUCAUGUCUAAGGAGCAAAUUUUGUUUGGUAUUGUUGCAGAGCCUUCUUUUUUCAGGUAGCAUGGUUUACUAGUUGUGCUGCAAGCCUUCUCUUUACGCGUGUAUACAGUAAUGCUAGUGUGCUUAGGUAUUAGCUUCUGGAAUGGAAAUGUGCAUAGGAUGAAGCUGAAAUUCCGAUCUUUUAAACGGAACAGCCUAUUAUAUAUGUUAGAGCAAAUAUGCCAAGGGGAAAUGGGAUUUGAGGGGCUAAUUAUCUUUCUAGUUUCGAAGCUGCAUAAUGUGGUUUAUUUCAGUAGCUCUUCAUCAUUUAGACAAGUGCAGUAGCCUGUCAUUGUAUAUAUUCGGACAAUUUGUUUUGUUAAUUUUAAAUCUAGUCAUUGUUCCUCUUAAA